UUAUAAGUUUUGAAUGCUAGAAUUCAUGAAAGAAAGAAGCUUUGCUUAGAAGGAGUACAAUUAAACUAGAGAGAGAGAGAGAGAGAGAGAGAGAGAGAGGAGAGAAGGAAUGGAUUUAUGGGUGCUAGCAGCAGCAGCAGCUACUGAGGCUGCUUAUGUAGCAAAGUAUUGUUGGCAUAAAUGGCUUUUCAAGGAAGGUUUAUCAGAAUCGGUUCAUGUUCAUGGGCAAUCCCAGAUUCUUGGUGAUUCAGUAAUAGAUUCAGCUUCUGCUAGUGGUGGUGGUGAAGAGCAUUUGGCUCCAAAAGAGAUGAAAAAAACUGGGCAUAAGAUGGAGGAGCUGACUGAGUCUUCUGGUGAAUUGGUUUCUGAUUUUGUUGUGACAGGAAAAGCUGUGUAUUAUUUUCAUGAUAGACUAGAGAAAAGCAGAUAUCUUGGAAUUAAAUAUAAUGGGUAUUCUUAUAAAGCUCUGGAUUCUACAGAAAAUUGUUUUUUGGCUCAGGUGUUGUUGUACAGGGAACAUGCUAGAGUGGAAGAGGAUGUGGAUGGUUCAUGUGCAUCGUCAGCAUCAGCGUCACCAUGUGUUUUGACAAUGAGGCCAUUAUUGGUUAACAAUGGGAGGCAAGUAAUUGGCUUUGCAAGUGUUGAUUUCAAUGAGGUGUGGUUGGAGAGUGAGGAAAGAGAGCUUGAAAAGAAAUGUGGCUUGAAAGAGAAGGCCCGGCGGCGGUGGCAGAGGAAGAGGCAGAGGAGAUGUAGCAGCUCAACUACAUGGGUGUCUGGUAGACCGUUUCACUCACAAGGUUCAAAAUAUGGAAUGCUUCUUUUCCUUAUUGGAAUCACAAUUGGAAUAAUUUAUACUAUUAUUGCUCAUAAAAGAGAAGUUGACAAGUUAAAUGAGUCGCUGAAGCAGACGCAGAAGUUGGUUCAAGAUUUGCAUAAGGAGGAGGAGGAGGUAGAGAUGAAAGAUUCAUUGAACUUGAAGGAGCUCAGUAAUUUGGGUUUUGAGUUCCAGGGAACUGACCAGACGGUAGAUGAUGAUGCUGAAGCUAUGAGCAAAAUUGAGGCAGAGCUCCUAGCUGAACUAGAGCUUUUGGAACUAAACGUUAAAGCAUAUAGCUUAAGCAGAACACCAGAUAUUGUGGAGCUGGAUCCUGACUUUGUAGCAGGUGUUGUUGAGGAAGAUCUGAGACUUGACAAGGUCAAUUGGGAACCUGCUGGCAGUUCUUCAGACUCAGAUCAUGAAGAAGCUGUGUGCCCUAGGGAGCUGAGUUUGCGUCUGCAUGAGGUGAUCGAGUCAAGGCUUGAAGCACGUAUCAUGGAGCUUGAGACAGCACUUGGAGCUAGUCAAAAGAGGGUGCAUUCAAUGGAUUUUGAACAUGUAAAAUCUAAAAGGGACUUCAACGAAUUUAACAGAGAGACACAACGAAGCUUAUGAAGAGAUUAACAGGGCGACUUCAACAGAUGAGGAAGUUGAACACAAAAUUGCGAGAAGAAUGUACGUAUAUUAGUCUUAGAUUUCACUUAAUUGUUUGACUGAUUACAAAAAUGAGAAAUAGAUCCCUAAUUGAUGUAUAGAAGUUAAAAUUACAAUUUUUCAUUAAGGUGCAGUGCAGACGAGAAUGUUUUCCUAAGUAGGUUGCUGAGGAGCCAUCUCUAAAUAUAGUUUCAGAGUUCUACAUAUCAUUUCCUGAUUGACGCAAUUUUAACGUAAUAGCUGUGUUCAUUACAUGUUCUAAAAUCACCUGGAUUUUUCUAUUCUGAUAAAGAAAACCCAAUUUUCACUGUAAGAUUGUGUCUUCAUUCUCAUUGAUUUAGUUUACUCUCUAUACUUUACAAUGGAAAGAUCCUUUUGUACCUAAAAUAAAGUAGAAAA